AUGCGUCAGCUAUACGUGCUGCUGUUUACAAUUUGUUUGGCUAUCACUGUAUUUGAUGGUCAAGCUUCUGAAGCUGUUGCUGAGCAUCGUCAGGGCUCACCUCGUUCUACCGCCGAAGCUGGAAUCCAUGAAAUACCCGGUCACCGACUCUUAAGGUCUGUCAAUGUUGAGAAGAGCGGUGUCGAGUCUGAAGAGAGGGGAUUCCCAGGUUUGUCAAAGUUAAACGAGUGGUUCAAAAAGGGAAAAUCCAAGAUGAGCGACAUGCAACUGCGGGUACAAUAUAAGGACGUGUCCAAACACGGCAUGUCGGACGAUAAAAUCACCAAAGCAUGGGUUCAGCAAGGGAAAGUUGGGGAUGAUAUCUAUUCGCGCUGA